UUCUGUUCCUGUACCCGUGUGCUCGGUCGCGAAGCUUCAGUGAUUCAGUGCUGCUCGUAGUUUUUUUACACUCGCAGCGGUUCGGUCCUUGGCACCGCCAUCACCAAUACUUUUCAGCAAAAAUGUCCAAAUUGGAGCAGAUCCUUAUUCUUGAUCCGCCGAACGACCUCAGAUUUAAAGGGCCUUUCACAGAUGUAGUCACCACAAACCUCAAGCUGAAGAAUCCCGCAGAUAGAAAAGUAUGCUUCAAAGUGAAGACGACAGCUCCCCGCAGGUACUGCGUAAGGCCGAACAGCGGCCUCAUCGAUGCUGGUGCCACCGUCACCGUCUCAGUAAUGCUACAGCCAUUUGACUAUGAUCCCAAUGAGAAAAGUAAACACAAAUUUAUGGUACAGACAAUUUUCGCACCUCCCAAUGUUUCAGACAUGGAAGCAGUGUGGAAAGAUGCGAAACCCGAUGACCUCAUGGAUUCCAAGCUGAGAUGCGUCUUCGAGCUGCCUUCUGAAAACGAUAAAGUGAACGACUUAGACUCCAGCAAAUCCGCCCCGGUCCUUAACGCGUCCAAAGCGGACGGCCCGUCAGUGCCCAAGCCCGGCAGCCUGUCCCUCGACGACACCGAGAUGAGGAAGCUCAUGGAGGAAUGCAAGAGGCUCCAGUCUGAAGUCGGCAAACUUGCAGACGAGAACCGGCAUCUCAAGGAUGACGGCUUGCGGAUGAGGAAAGCUCCUCGUUCAGACAACAUGGUAUCGCACUCGGCUGCCCUGAUGGGCAGGGACCAAGGCUCCAGCUCUCUCCCCUCCCUGCUCGUCGUUAUUGCAGCCAUCUUCAUCGGUUUCUUCCUAGGGAAGUUCAUCUUGUAGAGGGAAAAGCGCAUGCCAACCCGGCUCCUGUUUAAAGGCCUGGAAAAAAAAAAAAAAUGUAUUUUUUUUUUUUCGUUGACCUGCCAUAUCAUUGGUAGCCCGGCACACAGUGAACAUGUUUGUGUACAGUGUCAUAAACAGGCCUCGCGUUUAACAAUCGCUCACACGGUUAGCACACACGCAGAAAAGAGAAAAAGGAGAUUGCUCCUUUUUUUCCGUUUUGUUUUCGGUUCUUUGGGAGGGGCAGGUUUUUUUUGGGGGGGGGGAGGAAUUUAACGAGGGAAAAUAAAAAAAAAUUGUACAUUUAUCAGAGCAUUAAUAGCAGGAGAAUCAAGGUACUACAUAGAGGCCUUGAUUGGAAAUUCAUAAAUAAAAGAAUUGUUCUCUUUCUCUCUGUGGUUUUAAUAAGAGUUGAAUGGAAUGUUAAAGUGUCUUGUAAAUGUUAUUUUAAUCCUUUUAAGUAAAAAAGAAAAAAA